AAGAUGAACUGCAAGUGUCUCAGAAUGUCACCGUGUAAGGUAUAGCAAGAGUGAAUUGAAAGACGAAGCACCCCUUUAACUGGAGCCCCCUAUCAGAGACCCUAUGGGGAAUGGCAGCACUCUGCAGGGUGACGGUGUGUGGAAACGUUGCUCACACUCCCUACAUGGCCAGCUCGGCACAGGGAGGGAACCUGAGGCGCAAUCUGCUGGCAGCGGCCGAGGCCAAUGAGCAGCCCGAGAGGGACAGGGCGGCACUGCAGGGACAUCUGACAGACGGCAGGGAUCCUCCCACUAUGAAACCGGCGGAGGGAAGCUGCUCCCUUUCAAAAUGCCGGAGAAGCCCCCACGCGGCUGUAUUAGUAGCGUGACGCUAUGACGGACAUAAAUGAAAGCCGUACGCAGGACCGGGGCGAACCUCGAUAAGAAGUCCGAUAUUUUAGCGAAAGCCUUCUCCCCGCUUUAGCGCCCCCCCCAGUAGGCGUGGCCUCCCGUCCCACUGCCCGGUACAAUGGCGCGCAACGUGCCAGCGCCUCCCGCUCGGCUCACCUAGCUAUAUAACUAGGACCCCUUUUCCGCCGCGGCUACGCGCAGCGCGAACGCCGCAAUCGGCGCGCUCCCGCCCACAAGGCAUCUCUGCAGAAUAGGCGCCAACUGGAAAAACCGGUACCCGAUUGGUACCCAAUAGAUGCCAUCGCUAAGAGUACGGAAUGAUGAAUAUUUAAUAAACAAACGCUGAAACGGACUAAAAAUGCCAGGAGAGAUCACUUAUGGUCGUAAAAGACCACUGCCUGCCUGCCCUAACCCCCUUUUUCUGAAGUGGUUGACCGAAUGGAGGGACAGCGCAGCUGAAAAAAACCUGAAGACUCAGUUUGUUUAUCAGAAGGCAAUCAGCUCCCUAAAGAAGUAUCCACUUCCACUAAACAGUGGAAAAGAGGCCAAAAUUCUUCAAAACUUUGGUGAUAGCAUCUGUAAGAUGUUAGAUGACAGACUUGAAAAACAUUAUGCAGAGUGUGGUCCCAAUAUACCUAUUCACACUGUUCCAAGUUCCAGCUCAACACUGCGUAAGGCACAAAGGCAACCGAAAGCACCAUCACCCUUAUCUAUUCCACAUGCACUGGAACCUCCUGAGCAAGAAAGCCAAGAUCUGUCUCCUUCGAAAAAGAAGAAAACUGGUGGCAAAAAACAGCGUGAAUAUGUUCCCCAGAGACGGUCAGGGGGCUAUGCUGUUUUGCUAACCCUCUAUAGAGACACUAAGAGUCCAAGUUCCCGAGGUUAUAUGACCAAGGCAGAACUACAGAAGGAAGCACAACCUUUAUGUGACAAAUCUUUUACCUUGACAGAUCCUAACAGUAAAUACACAGCAUGGACUUCUGUCAGCACAUUAAUUCAGAAGGAAUUGGUCAUCAAAACCCACAGCCCUGCAAGGUACUCACUAACAGAGAAAGGCCUUGAAUUGGCACAGAGGCUGGAAGAAGCAGAAGACCAAGGCAGGGCAGAUGGAUUUCCCAGGCAAGUACAGGCUUCGUCCAAUGAAGAAGAAGAGCAAGAGGAGGCAGAGAGUGAAACCAACCCAUAUAUACAUGCUGACCCAGUUCAGUGUCCUGAUCAGCAGCUUAAUUUGGCUUAUUCACAUAAUGCUAAGAAUACUUCUUCUGACCCCCCAUCUGUUCAGUACAACCACGUGCCUGAGUUUACUCUGCACCCUGGAGAUUUCAACAUUCUUCUUUGUGUGGACUUCAUCGAAACCACAGGUGGUGCUGCUCACAGGAAGCAGGAACUAGUUACAGAACUUAGAAGGAAUGGGGUGAAUUUUGAUGUGCGCAAACUGCACAUUGGAGAUUUCCUGUGGAUUGCACAAGAAAAAGUACAGCCUGUGCCUGGUCAACUACGGAUCCCUCAGGCUCGGGAACUGGUAUUAGAUUAUGUGGUGGAAAGGAAGAGGAUGGAUGAUUUGUGUGGGAGUAUUAUAGAUGGCCGCUUCCGGGAGCAAAAGUUCCGCUUAAAAAGGUGUGGGUUACGCCGCCCAAUAUAUCUGGUGGAGGACCACGGGUCAGCCCAGCAUCUGAGUAUUCCUGAAACGACGUUACAGCAAGCAAUAGUGAAUACACAGGUGGUUGAUGGAUUUUUUAUCAAGCGCACCAAGGAUGUACGUGAAUCUGCUGCCUACCUGACAAUAAUGACUCGAUAUCUGCAAGGCAUCUACUCCGUAAGAGUUAUACAGUUUAUACUUUAAAGGAGAGAGAAAGUCUCUUCUUAGCUGUACCAAGGAAGAAGAGUGGAAAUGUGACCGAUCACUCCGCCCAGAUGCCAGCAGCUGCAUUCUUGUGG